UUGAUUUGUUUAUAUUGCGUCUAUGGUAGUGGCUGUGUAUGUUUUGCUUCUCUGUAUAUCUCGCAUUAGGAUAAAUAAUUCGCCGUCAAUUUCUCAUUCUGAAAAAAUAUGAAGCUCCUCACGCACAAUAUGUUAACGUCUAAAGCUAUAAAAGGCGUGACGUGCGGUUAUCCUCUAAAAAUUAUGGCUCGAGACAUCAGAGUAUCCGAAGUAGACUUUAAUCCAGAAUAUAUCGCCAGGAUAAUUCCAAAAUUAGACUGGACAGUGCUGUGGAAAGCUGCCGAGAGCAUAGGACAUGUUGGCGAAUUACCUAAGGUUCUAAUAGAAGACUUCGAGACAAAUGAGGACUUUUUGAAAAAGGCCCAUCACGUUCUGUUGGAAAUCGAAGUUAUAAACGGAGAUUUAUUGUGUCCAGAAUCCGGCAGAAAGUUUCCAAUAAACGAUGGCAUUCCAAACAUGCUUUUAAACGAAGACGAAGUUUAAAUGGCAGAACCAAAUACUCGAAGAAUGCUAUUUGUCAUUGUUUUCAGAUAAAGCUCUUCUGUAUCAUUGUUCCUUUCAAUACAUCUAGUUGUGUGUGUACAUAUGUAUGCACUUAUGCAUAUACAUUCUAUUACUAUCUUAUUUUUUUAUAUUGAUACCAAAUGUUAAUAUUUGAAUAGGGAUGUAGAGAGCAAUUUCUAUUUAGCGUACAAGUGGUUAAGUUUGAGUGCAUACUUACGCGUACGCGUACGUGUGGAACUUUUGAUAAACUUCCAUUAUGAAUAAUUUGGAAAUACGUUGGGUGGAAAUGCAGAAUAAAAUACACGUAAAAUAGAAAAAUUUGUUUUCAUAGAUUCAAAGUUUUCUUUUAAUUAUACCAGUUCUGAUUCACGUUUAUUUACGUCGCCUGAAAACGGACGUUCUUGUUAUUAACCGGUCGUUGCGAUAAAUAUAUUCCUCGAUAAUCGAAUUAAAAGUUACCCGUCGCAGAUUAUGGGAGGUCUAGGGUCAAACCUUGGCUGAGGUAAUGUUCCUCGCAAUAAAUUUUUUACAGUGAUUGUUACAUAGCAUGUGUAUAAAAAUUAAAUUCUUUAUCAAUUUAAGUAUUUCAUUUUACUGUUCCAACAAAUAAGGUGUGUGUUGAGACCCACAGAUAACCAGCGCGCAGUUUACCGAGUUUGGAACAAUGAUAAUAUGAUAAUAUGUGCAUACUUUGUGCACUCUAAAGUUCCAAAUAGAAAACACAUAGAAGUAGCUUUUGACAUUUUAUUACCUUCAGAUGACGGAAAUUUAUCUCGUUUGACCAGCCUAGCAUGCAUAAGCAACAAUUAAUUAUAAAUUAAUAAUUCUUAGUGUAUAGGUGAUUAAAUUAGAUUAAAUUGCCGUGUAUAUAUAAUACGAUUAUAGAUGUUUUAUUGCACAGAUAUGUCUAAAGACAAUAAGAUAUAAUUUCUUGUAUCAUUUGCAAUACUUAACAUACAACAUUUUUUUUAUUUACAUCACAUUUAUAUUGCUACCUAGAUAAUUUGCUCGAGUAUUAUCUACACGAGUAUUACCUACUCGUUCUUAGAGCGAGUUAGCAAUGUAACAUUUUGAUACAAUUGUUUUACUACAGUUAAGAGCAUAGCAAACUCUUAUAGCAAUAUUACAAUGAAGUAUAUUAAAUUAUAAUAAGUAGAAUAUAACCUAGCAUAUAGUCUCUUUGAAUAUAAGGUAAUACUGGUUGAUAUACGAAAAAUAUGUCUUUUGACAAAUAUUUUUACAUGUAUGUAACACAUAUGUAAGUUAUCUUGGACUUAAAUUGAAACUAUCAAAGUUAUUUGUAUAUCCAUUUGGUGUGAGAAAUACAAUAAUUUACUGAUAGAUGAACAUACUUUUGGAGAUUAAUUUUCUAAUUGCAAGAUGCUUAUAAAGUAGCACAAAAUGCUUCGUAAUAUCUUAAAUUGUAAUUUGUUAUCUGAAAUAAGUGUUGCAGUUUUGUAGUCUGCAGUUUUACAAUUAUUUAUAAUCUGUUGUCCAACUGAAAUCCUUUCAUAAAAUUAUAAUAAUUUUAAAUGCUACGCAAUUGAAAAUGUUAUCACUGUUUCUUCUUAUAAAUAGAACAAUGCAUAUUUCAAGUACACAAAUUUGACAACAUUAAACAAAGCAUUUUUUUACAGACUAAUAUAAUAAACAAAUAUAUUUUAAGAAGUACUUAAAAAUGAAAUGGCUUUAAUCUAAUGGCUAUUAUCGAAGGACGUGCAAUAUUAUCUACUUGUAGUUUUCUGUACCAUGGCAAUGUUCAAAAUAUAGCAAAAUAUAUUACUUUA